AACCAGCUGCCCCAUUUUCUUUGCUCUUUCCCUUAAUCUUGCUACCUCUCUUUUCCCUAAUACUUAAAAAUGGAAUACCAGGCUAUGACAAGUUCAAACCUCAAUGAAAAUAUUAUCUUCAAAGAAGUUAUGGCUACUCAUCAUCCAGUUAGCAAAGAUUUUAAAGCAAGAAAUAUCCUCCACUUUGUGAAGAAAAUUCUUUUUCUUAUCGUGGUUAGUUUGUCUAAUUACUAUUACUUUAUAUUUAUAUUUAUAUUGAAUUUUAUGUUUGAUCUGGUACAAGUAAUCGUGAUUGAUUGAUUGCGUACAAAGUAUGUGUCCGAAAUUUUAUGCUAUGGGUGACAUAUUUUUGUUGUAUAAUUUAAUUAAUAUAUAGCAUGAUCAUCGUGUAUAGUAUUUAUAUUAUACUUAUAGAAUACAAAUGUUUUAUAUUUCGACAAAUAGUAGCUAGUGUACAUAUAGUAUGAAUUUCUACCUAGUUAAAUCUUCAUGUAAUUAUAUUAAAUAGAGUAGCUAAAGACCUUGUGGUCUAGUGGCACCUGCUAGCAGAGUCAAUAAUACUCAAAAAAAAAAUUGAAUAGAGUAAUAGCUUGGUAGCUAUGUUAUAUAUCAAUUUCUCAAGAGUGCUUUGAUAGAUUCAAUGAAAAUAACUGUUACCAUAUGUGUUGCUUGUAAAGUUUUUUUUGUGCCUCUCUCUCCCCCUCUCUCUAUAUAUAUGGUUUAAUUUAGAUGGGUGGAGAAACCAUUUAUGAAGAUGAGGAUGAGUCUGAUGAUAAGGAGGUGUAUGUGCCUGAUGAGAUGGAACUCAAAGACAUAGAACAUUGGUAUCAAAUAAAGCAGCUUUCAGCUGAGAUACCACUGAAGAGUUCAGAAAAUGCAAAUAAUCCACACUCAACUGUAAUGCAUUUUCUGAAAAUGUUGUCUGCAUAUCCAUGGGAAGCCAAGCUUUUGAUGAUGCUGGCGGCUUUCUCCAUCAAUUUUGGAGAAUUAAGCCUUCUCCAAUCUCACAAGGGACUGCCCUGCAAACUGGCAAUUAUCAAGGGAAUUCGUAAAACUCCAUUAUUGGCUAUGGCACCCUCCCAUAUUCAACAAUCCAUUUCCGUUUUUAUCAAAUCAGCUUUACAUCUUACUGACACCAUUGUUGAACUUGCACAAUCAUCUUCUUAUAACUCAUCGCCAAUCAUACCGUUUGCUUCUUAUUGGAUCCUUAUAAGUAUUCAAAUUCUUGCAUCCUAUUUCAGGCACCUGCAGAGUGGUGAUUCAGAAAAUGAAGAGAGAAGAUGAUUCUUACAACGCAUUGUGGUGUGCAUUCUCGGAUGAAAAUCCAAUCCAUCCCACCAAUUUGGAUGCUCUGAAAUUAAUAUUUAAUGUUAAGGAUGUGGACAACGAGAAACCUUUAUUUGAUUACAUGACAGAUCAAACCGAAGGAUUACGUUCAUUAGAGAACAAAAAGUUGGUGUUAUUUAUAACAUCAGAAUUUGAUAUUGACUCUUCUAUGUUGUAUGCAAGUGGUUAUUUUAGAACUACCUCAGCUAGAUUAUGGAUCCCAAUAGUGGAUUUACGGUGGGAUACAGAAACUAUGAACAACCAUUAUAGAGUUUUAUUAACACAAAUAGUAAAAACGCAUGGAGUGAAAAAUCUAGAAAAAUUUAUAGCACCUGGAUUUGCAAGAUUUGUAAAAAAGAAAUUCUUCCCAAUAUUUCAAAUAGGGGGUGGGCCUAUCAUUGUUUUACUGGAUCACUAUGGAAGGAUUGUUCACUGUAUGGCAGCACACAUGAUGGUAAAGAAAAGUACAGAUUUCGCUUUAAAGGGCGGUCCUGCAAUUAGGAACAGGGAUAGCAUAAUUCCUUUAUUCAAGGAUGCGUUGAAGGAGACGACUUCAUCUGUUGGACAUUUAAUAAACAUCGAUGAGAAGAUAAGUGAUUUUGCAAACAAAAUGGAUAGUCAAUUGGAUGAAUGGUUUCAUGGCAUUCAGAGUGAAAUUCAAAAUUCGAUUCAAAGCAUUGCGUUCAAAGCUGUAAUGGAAGAAGAUCAUUGGAAGGAAAAAACUUGGUGCACUAUGCUUAUGAUAGGAAAAACCACGAUCCCUCCGGCAGAGGAAUGGGUUAAUGCGAAUGAGCUCAUUUUUUUUAUUGGAGGGAAUGACAUAAAUUGGGUUAAAAUAUUUGCAUCCCAGGUAUUGCCAAAAAUUCAUUUUAUACCACAAGGGACAAUUAAUAUGGUCUAUGUCGGUAGCAACAAUAAAGUAAGAUCACUAAUUCGUCGAGACAUGAUUUGUGAGACAUUUGCAAGUAUUGUAGAACAAUCGACUUUUUGGAUAAAUCUUCAAGGCCUAUUUUUGUCAAGGAUCAAAUUCUUAGAUGAUGCUUAUCUUGAUGAAAAGAGUGACGAAAUUGUCAAAGGACUAAAAUUGUUGCUAGCAUAUGAAGCUAAAGAAAUAGGAGUUGUUGGAUGGGCUUUGCUAUGCAAAGGGAACAAGAUAGUCAUAUAUGACCUAGGAGAUAAGAUGUUGGCGGUCAUGAAUGAAUACGCGACAUGGAAGGAAAGUGCAAUUGUCAAAGGCUUUGACCAAGCAUUCAAAGAUCAUCAUACUGAGAUGUUUGCAGGCUCCACUUGCACUUCACAACAUCACCCUUGUGCUCUUGAAUGCCCAUCUAAUUCCGACAAAGUCCCAGAGAAUAUAAAAUGUCCUCAAUGUUGUCACAAUAUGCAAAAAUUUGUCACUUUCAGGUGCUAUCAUGACAAUUUAUGUAAAGAAGUUUCUGAUGGGAAGGAGGAUUAGGAUGUACUUGGUUGAUAUCAAAACACAUUGUAUUUGCAUUUGUAUCUAAAGGUUACAUUUUUGCGUGUAAUUUAAUUUUUUUUACCUA